UGCGCCUUCUCCUUCUACACGCGCAGGCUACUGGGCAGCUGCACGAGCUAACCUGGCUUUGACUGCGCUCUGUAGAUCCAAAAUGGCGCCCCAGUUUCCUCAUCCAGCCACUCGCUCAACUGUGAGAUCCCUGCAGAGGCGGUUGCUAUGGCAAAGGCUAUGUGUACGUGAUUACGUAAUGCUUACAGAGGACCGUGUUUAUGUUGGGAAUGACACUUUGGUUGAUGAUGCAGUCAUUGCACGUGCACGUUAGUUGAUCGAUUUUGCUCACAUGGUAGAGUAGAGCACAUGGAGUCAUUAACCCACACCUUUUUUCAUAUGUAGCCUACAAGGUAGCCUAUCAGUUCUAUAAUUAAUAGACUGCUAGUACAUAUAAAUAUUAACCCAGUCAUUCUUUAACAUGACUGAUCUGCAGUACUAACUGACCUUAUUAUAACAAUGACCUCAGUUUUUCUGCAGCAGGAGAGAGAGAGAGAGAGAGAGAGAGAGAGAGAGAGAGAGAGAGAGAGAGAGAGAGAGAGAGGUGCUCUGAGUGUGUUAACGCGCGCGCAUGUGUGCGUGCGUGUUUGUGUUUGGGGAGGUGCGAGAGGCAGCAACAGAGAGAGGCAGGGAUGGGAUAGUGUGUGUGUGCUCACUCAGUCCAACUUUAGAGUGAAGUUGAGAUCGGAGCUUCUUUGACGCGGAGAUGCGGCGUUCUCCGGUCCCAGUAAACAACGAACACUUACCGAUUAUUCAGACGGUGACUGUUUGAAAAGUCAAGAUGACAGUACUGAAAGACAUGCCGGAUAAAUGGUUUCCCCUCGUUCUCCCCUUGCAAAGAAAGAAACAGAAAGGAUUGAUUGGAGCCAAAGCGAAAAAGAGCCGGACAGAGGAGGAAAGAAGAGUCCGAGCCAAUGACAGAGAAUACAACGAAAAGUUUCAGUAUGCAAGUAACUGCAUCAUGACAUCAAAGUACAACAUCAUCACCUUUCUGCCCGUCAACUUGUUUGAGCAGUUCCAGGAAGUAGCCAAUACCUACUUCCUUUUCCUGCUCAUACUACAGUUAAUACCUCAAAUCUCCUCCCUCUCCUGGUUCACUACCAUUGUGCCUUUAGCUCUGGUUCUGAGCAUCACUGCAGUAAAGGAUGCCACGGACGACUAUUUUCGCCACAAGAGCGACAACCAAGUGAACAACCGCCAGUCUCAGGUUCUCAUCCGUGGCUCGAUACAGAAUGAAAAGUGGAUGAAUGUUAGAGUGGGUGAUAUCAUUAAACUGGAAAACAACCAGUUUGUGGCAGCUGACCUGCUCCUCCUGUCGAGCACUGAACCUCACGGGCUCUGUUACAUUGAGACAGCCGAGCUGGACGGAGAGACCAAUAUGAAGGUGCGUCAGUCUGUCUCCGUGACAUCUGAACUCGGAGACCCGAACAACUUUGCUUCUUUUGAUGGUGAGGUUGUUUGCGAGCCCCCCAACAACAAGCUGGAUCGUUUCUGUGGGACUCUGUACUGGAGAGACAAAAAAUACACCCUGACCAACCAGAACAUGCUGCUCCGAGGAUGUGUCCUUCGGAACACAGAGGCUUGUUACGGCCUGGUCAUCUUUGCAGGCCCUGAUACCAAGCUAAUGCAGAACAGCGGUCGCACCAAGUUUAAGCGUACGAGCAUCGAUCGUUUGAUGAACACUCUGGUCCUCUGGAUCUUUGGCUUCCUGGUGUGUAUGGGUGUGAUUCUGGCUGUGGGGAACGCAGUGUGGGAGAGAGAAGUGGGUUCCCUAUUUCAGAGCUACCUACCCUGGGACCCCCCUGUGGACAACUUCCUGUUCUCAGCCUUCCUCUCCUUCUGGUCCUACGUCAUCAUCCUGAACACCGUGGUGCCUAUUUCUCUGUAUGUCAGCGUGGAGGUGAUCAGGCUGGGUCACAGCUACUUCAUCAACUGGGACCAGCACAUGUUCUGUUCACAGUGUAACACAGCAGCCGAGGCCAGGACCACCACCCUGAACGAGGAGCUGGGGCAGGUUGAAUACGUCUUCAGUGACAAGACUGGUACUCUCACUCAGAACAUCAUGAGCUUCAAUAAGUGCUCCAUCAACGGACAGACUUACGGUGAGGGGACCGACCCGUUGGGACCUCAACAGAAGAGACUGGACUUUACUCCCUUCAACCCCCUGGCGGACCCUGAUUUCUGUUUCUAUGACGACACACUGCUGGAGUCAGUAAAAGUGGGAGACUCUCACACUCAAGAGUUUUUCCGCCUGCUCUCCCUCUGUCACACCGUCAUGAGCGAGGAGAAGAGCGAGGGAGAGCUGCUUUAUAAGGCUCAGUCUCCAGAUGAGGGCGCUCUGGUGACGGCAGCUCGAAACUUUGGCUUUGUGUUUCGCUCCCGAACACCUGGGACGAUAACCACCACAGAGAUGGGUCGAACUGUCACCUACACUCUGCUCGCCAUAUUGGACUUCAACAACAUUCGCAAGAGGAUGUCUGUUAUAGUGCGUAACCCAGAGGGCAGGAUCCGUCUGUACUGUAAAGGAGCUGACACUGUGCUGCUGGAGAGACUCAACCCCUGUAACCAGGAGCUGAUGAACAUCACCUCAGACCACCUUAAUGAAUAUGCAGCAGAUGGUUUGCGGACCCUAGCGCUGGCAUACAGAGAUCUGUCAGAGGACGACUGGGAGUCAUGGUCAGAAAGUCACCGCUGUGCUGACAAGGCCACCAACUGCAGAGAGGACCGACUGGCAGCUGCUUAUGAGGAGAUAGAACAAGACAUGAUGCUCCUGGGUGCCACAGCUAUAGAAGACAAGCUACAGGAAGGAGUCCCAGAGACCAUUGCUGUCCUCUCUCUGGCUAAUAUUAAAAUCUGGGUUCUUACUGGAGACAAGCAGGAAACAGCUGUCAAUAUAGGUUACUCCUGCAAGAUGCUGACAGAUGAUAUGACAGAGGUGUUCAUCAUCAGCGGGCACACAGUGCAGAGUGUGCGGCAGGAGCUCAGGAGGGCGAGAGAACGGAUGAUUGAGCUGUCGAGAACCAGAGAUGGAGGAAAAGAGGAAGGGAUGGAGGGUUUGGGAGAGGCCUGUUUCAUGCGUUAUGGGUUCAGAGAGGGACAACAAGGAGAUGGUACUACAGGAGGAGGAGAUGGAGGGAAACAGCUGGGGUGUCCUCCUCCUCCCCCUCCUGCUCCUCCACCGCCCUCAAACCUCAUGGACAGCAUCUCUGGAGAGUUUGCCCUCAUAAUCAACGGCCACAGUCUGGCCCAUGCACUGGAAGCAGACAUGGAGACAGAGUUUGUUUCAACGGCGUGUGCGUGCAAAGCGGUGAUCUGCUGCAGAGUCACCCCGCUGCAAAAAGCUCAGGUGGUGGAGCUCAUCAAGAAACACAAGAAGGCCGUCACCCUGGCUAUAGGAGACGGAGCUAACGAUGUUAGCAUGAUCAAAAGUGCUCAUAUAGGAGUUGGUAUCUCAGGUCAAGAGGGGAUUCAGGCUGUGCUGUCCAGCGACUACUCCUUCUCCCAGUUCCGCUUUCUGCAGCGCCUCCUGCUGGUACAUGGGCGCUGGUCCUACCUGCGCAUGUGCCGAUUCCUCUGCUACUUCUUCUACAAGAACUUCGCCUUCACCAUGGUGCACUUCUGGUUUGGCUUCUUCUGUGGCUUUUCUGCACAGACAGUGUACGAUCAGUACUUCAUCACCCUCUACAACAUUGUCUAUACCUCCCUCCCUGUGCUGGCCAUGGGGAUAUUUGACCAGGAUGUUCCUGACCAGAGGAGUCUGGAGUAUCCUAAGCUGUAUGAGCCUGGGCAGCUCAAUCUCCUCUUCAACAAGAGAGAGUUCUUUAUAUGCAUCGCCCAGGGCAUCUACACAUCAGUGGUGCUGUUUUUUGUCCCGUGUGCAGUUCUGUCUGAUGCCACUCAGAGCACCGGAGUGCCCCUUGCUGAUUACCAGACCUUUUCAGUCACCACAGCAACGGCUCUGGUUAUUGUAGUGAGUGUACAGAUUGCUCUUGACACAGGCUUCUGGACGGUUAUCAACCACGUGUUUGUGUGGGGCUCUCUGGGCUGCUUCUUCGCCAUUAUGAUCGCUCUGCACAGUCAGACCCUCUUCAGGAUCUUUCCCAACCAGUUCCACUUUGUAGGUAGUGCCCAGAGCACGUUAUUGCAACCAGUCGUGUGGUUAACUAUUGCACUGGCAACAGCAAUAUGCAUAGUUCCAGUUUUGGCAUUCCGCUUUCUCAAGGUGGACCUGAAACCUCAGCUCUCAGACACGGUGCGUUACACUCAGCUUGUGCGUCAGAAGAAGAGAAAGCCUGUGAGUCGGAGCGUGGCAGGGGCAUGGCGUGGGGCGGGCAGUGUGUCAGAGGGCCGUCUGGGUGCUCGUGGUGGUUCCAGGAGAUCAGGCUACGCUUUUGCUCACCAGGAAGGAUUUGGAGAGCUGAUCACCUCAGGGAAGAACAUGAGGCUGUCAUCUCUGGCCCUGGCCACCUUUGCGUCCAGACACAGCUCCAGCUGGAUCGACACGCUGCGCAGGAAGAAAUACACUCACACUCCUCCCAGUGCCUCUGGUGAGUGCAGCCCAGCUCCCAGUACUCUGUCUGGGUCAGUUCCGCCACUCUCAAACUCCUCUUCUGUUCUGGGUGGCUCACAAGACACACCAAUCGAGGAGGAAACAGGCACAGCAACAGCCCACAAAUCACAGACUGUUCUUACUUCAUCGGCACAAACCACACCAGCUUUAGCAUCUGAUUCAGAGUCAGCCACACAUCAGGGCUCUCCUCAGGUGCCCUGUGCUGGUGCCCUCACCACAACAGCAGUGAGGACCAAUGGAGGAGACUCACCCGGUGGAUGGACAAUUACUCUUAGUACUGUGCAGGAAGCUCUGUUUGGUUGGAGAGCUCGUGCUGCUGCAUGUAACAGCCCAGGUUCAGCCUCAUUUGCCAAGGACAACAACCAGACUGAGUGAAGGAUUGGACAUACAUGAAAGGAUGAUUUGUUCACAUACAGGAUGGGCCAUUGUGUGCUUUCCUGGAGUGAGAUGAGAGCUCAUAGACUGUAAUGAUAACAUUUACCAACACUGUGCUCUUCUCUCUCAUCCCAACUAAAAGUUCUUUAAUCGAUCACUAAAAUUCAAGUCAUCAAAAGAAGUGAUACUUCUUAAUUACAUAGACCAGAUAUGAACUGAGAUUUGAUGGGGGUAUACAUGUAUCCACAAUAAAAGACAGCUGUGCUAAUAAGUGCGGUUUACAGUGUAUUACAGGAGGUGAGCAGCUGGCUCUGAAAACAUGUCAAGGUGACUUCCUAAUACUGAUCUUAAAGAAUGUGUCCACCUGUCAUUUCACAUAGUUUAGCAGAUCUCUCAGAAUCAAUAAUGGAAUAAAUAAACAGACGAAAAGCAGCAAGUUCUAAAAAUAAAUGUCAAGGUCACUUCUUAUUUACGACCAAAAGAUUGUUUCCACUUGUCAUUUCCAAGCUUUGCUGCAUCUCUGUAAAUCAAUGAUGGGUUAAAUGAACAAGCAAAUAACAACGUUUUUAAGAUUUGAAGUGCAGCAGUUUUUUUAUCCUGAAGAUAUCCUCAAGCCUCUGUUGACUAUAGUUCUCAGUGAGAACGUUACUUUAAGUUACAGAGCACUGCAAGACUGUUGCAAACCUUGGUCUUUUUUUUUCCUUCAUUGAUCUGUUUUCUUACUUGUUAUACCUCAACUUGAAAUGCUUUCCUUUCUAUUUUGCAUCAUAUUGAUGUGUUGAAUAUUGGCCUAAUUGAGUUGCACCUUAAUGUAAGCUCUCAGUGUGUUUUCUCUUUGUGGCCCGACAAUGGGCCACAUUGUGCUACUUAAUCAAAAUGUAAUGUUACGUACUAUCACAGAUUUAAAAACCAAGUUAAAAGACAAACUGCCUUUAGGUUACACCUGGUAGAAACUCUGAAAAUGAAAACCAGGCUGUAAUGAACAUUUAACGAUGGUUUGUCUAAUCCCCAGUCAUUUAGUACUUGUUAUUUUAUGUUAACAAUGUGCUUAUUCAUACUGUAUACUGUACCCUCAGUAAAGUGCUUUACAUUUUUAUUUUUAUUUGUUCAUGAAUAAAGGUUGAAGGUGUAUGGAGAUAAUCAUGCCUUAAAAAUGCUGAAA